AUGGCGAGGUCAGCCGCGGGUCUCGUCAGCGGACAGCCAUGGCCUCUGCUGCUUCUGUCCGUCUUGGUCAUGAUCCGACCAAGCAAUGCCCUGAAUCCAUUUUACCUUCUUCCUCGGAGCACAGAUUCUUGUCCGAGCUCUUACAAGCGAUGUGGCAGUUCAAAGCUCCCAGACAGCUUCUGUUGCCCGUCGUCUGCCACCUGUAUCAGUCUGGACGAUGCCAGUUCUGCCAUCUGCUGUCCCACCGGAGCCAAUUGUGACUAUAUCUCACCGAUAGUCUGCGACGCGCAGCAGCAGAACGCAACCCUUCACCCUAAGAACCCGAUCAAAACAACCCGCCUGGACGAUGAGCUCCCCGAGUGCGGUGAUUCGUGCUGUCCAUUUGGCUAUACAUGCCAGGGGAACAGCACCUGUGCCUUGAACCGGGAUACCUCGAGCAAGGCAACUGCCACUCUCCCAGGCACCUCAACAACCGCCACAGCAUCGACCACUGAAUCCACCACCCUCGGGGCAACUUUCACGCCCGUCUCAUCGCCUUCUUCCUCAUUGUCUGCCAACUCAGCAUCCGGGGAUCUAGCCUCCCAAUGCCCUUCAUUCCCCAGCAAAGCCGUGGUAGCCGGGGUUUUCCCCGGCGCAGUAUUUGGCGCCGUUCUAGCCCUCCUUGCAUCCCUCUGUCUGCGACGGCGCGCCCGGAAAAACGAGCAGCAAGCACACGACCCCAAAUCCGGUCCACACUGGUCCGAACGCUCAUCCAACGGCACUCUCAUCGGCAUCUCCAACCCCAUCGCCUCAGAUGACAUCUCCUACCGCACCGACUUUCUUUUACGGCCAGGGCCGGUGAAACGAUCUUCUCUCGGCGGGCGUUCCACUCGCUCUGUGCUGCAUCGCACCGGGACCAGGGUCAGGAGUCUGUUUUCCGGCACGGGGAAUCCAAAAUUCGACAAGGACAUCCCCCCGGUCCCUGCUCCGGCUGUUACUCCGCCAGAGCGUCAGGCCAGCACUGAGAGUAUCAAGGUGUUCUCCCCGCCCGGCGCGUUUGCCCAAUCCAACAAGUUCCUGGGCCCUGAACCGUAUCCUGGUACUAUCGCUCAACCGGAUACUACUUUCACGGAUUUGAUGCAGGUUGUUGGGUUUAGUGAUGGCAAGGGCGAGCCGUGUUACCGCGUGACUGAGACGCCCCAGCCCCAGAAUAAUCCCUUCCGCGACUGA